GGUCCGGAACAGAGUCCGACAGCGAUGAAUCCGUCCCGGAGCUGGAAGAGCAAGACUCCACACAGGCCACGACACAGCAGGCACAGGUAGGGAGGUGGCUCGGGGCAGGAGCCCAGCCUGAUGAAGAACCCGUUAGCAAAGCAAAACAGAGCCGGAGCGAGAAGAAAGCACGGAAGGCAAUGUCUAAGCUGGGCCUUCGCCAGGUGACAGGAGUAACCAGAGUCACCAUCCGGAAAUCCAAGAACAUCCUCUUUGUUAUCACAAAGCCAGACGUGUACAAGAGUCCUGCUUCAGACACCUACAUAGUCUUUGGGGAAGCAAAGAUCGAGGACCUGUCCCAACAGGCCCAGUUGGCGGCUGCUGAGAAGUUCAAAGUGCAGGGAGAGGCCGUUUCAAACAUCCAGGAGAACACACAGACCCCCACGGUGCAGGAGGAGAGUGAGGAGGAAGAGGUUGACGAAACCGGCGUCGAGGUGAAAGACAUCGAGCUGGUGAUGUCCCAGGCGAACGUGUCCCGAGCAAAGGCCGUCCGUGCCCUCAAGAACAACAGUAACGACAUUGUAAAUGCCAUCAUG